UUACACAGCUCCUGUGUGCUUCAGGAACACCGCCAACAAGCAGCAGCAGCAGACCCGCUCCUCUCACAAGGGAAUUAUACAGCUCUCCAGCGCGCAGAGGAAACUGCUCCCAAAUAUUCAGCUGGAUACUCAGUGAGACAGAUAGAGGUUGUGUCUGGGACUUCACACACACAGUCCGCCAUCUCCUGCAGUCUGAAAGCCGAACCCAGACAGCUGAAGUGUCAGAAUGACCUGCGCUGCCAUGACCUGGCUCCCUGUCCUCUCCGUCUCCCUCCUGCUGCUGUGCGUCAGGGACUCAGCUUCCCUCUUCCUGCCCGACUCCAACGAGCUCAGACAGCUGCUGAGCCGCUAUGAGGAGGAGGUGGACCAGAACAGCACCAGCAACACAGCUGGCAGUAGGACCCGACGGGCCAUCCGCUGGUCUGACCGCGAGGAGAUUGUCCAGCUGCACAACAAGCUGAGGGGUGCUGUCUACCCCACAUCCUCGAACAUGGAGUUCAUGGUCUGGGAUGAUGAGUUGGAGCGGUCUGCUACUCACUGGGCGGAGCAGUGUCAGUGGGACCAUGGACCUCAGGACCUGCUCAUGUCUAUUGGACAAAACCUGGCUGUUCACUGGGGAAGAUACCGCUCUCCUGCCUUCCAUGUCCAGACCUGGUACGAUGAGGUGAAAGACUACACCUAUCCCUACCCCCAGGAGUGCAAUCCCUGGUGCCCAGAACGCUGCUCCGGGCCCAUGUGCACCCAUUACACCCAGCUGGUCUGGGCGACCACUAGCAGAGUGGGCUGCGCUGUGCACGUGUGUCCAAGGAUGAACGUGUGGGGAGAAAUAUGGGAGAAUGCCAUUUACCUUGUGUGCAACUACUCCCCAAAGGGCAACUGGAUCGGCGAGGCGCCAUACCAGAACGGGCGGCCUUGUUCUCAGUGCCCUCCCAGCUACGGAGGAGGAUGUAGGAAUAACCUGUGUUACAAAGACUCCCAGCGCUCAGAGACAGAGGACAUGAAUGAGGUGGAGAAACCUCAGGUUCCACUGCCACCUCGUACCACCGCCAAACCUGCCCCCAAACCUAAACCGUCUCCUCCUAAGAAACCAGCGUCCAAACCAUCCACUCCUAAGCCCGCCACACCCAGGAGCCCACCCUCGAAGACUCCCAGCAACACCUUUCUCGCUCAAAACAUUAAGUGUGAAACUAGACUGCGGGAUAAGUGUAAAGGAGCAACCUGCAACAGAUAUAAGUGUCCUGCUAACUGUGUGAACAAGAAAGGGAAGGUUUGGGGAACUCUCUUUUAUGAUGUGCAAUCGAGUAUUUGCCGAGCUGCUAUCCAUUUUGGUGUCAUUGACAAUAACGGAGGAGUGGUCGACAUCACAAGGAUGGAAAAGUUUCCGUUCUUUGUCAGAGCCACUAAGAACGGCAUCGAGUCGUCCAGUAAAUACAAAGCUGGUAAUGCCUUUGUGGUGGCCAAAGUGGAGGAAAUAACUGCUGACUGCUACACCACUGUGGCUGAAAUCUGCCCUUACAAGAAGCCCAACUCAAACUGUCCAAGAAUCUUCUGUCCGGCCAGCUGCAAGACUCAGCCCUCCUACUGGUCACCUGUGAUUGGAAACAACAUCUACGCAGAUAGCUCCAGUAUUUGUAAAGCAGCCAUCCAUGCAGGGGUAAUCAAACCAGACGGCGGUUAUGUGGAUGUUCUGCCACUGGACAAGAGAAAGACCUAUCCUGGUGUCCUGAAAAACGGCAUCCAGUCUGAGAGCAAAAGCAAUACCGAGGGAGGCUCCUUCCGAGUCUUUGCUGUGAGGGAGUGAGACUUCAGAUCAGAAAUCCAGACACCAACAGAGUCACCUCAGCUGCUCUUGAGGAGCAGGAAGUGCCCACAGGUUGGAUACCAUGGUUGUUAAUCUGUCUCUGCGCCGUCAGUGGAAACAGAACAUCCCAGCAGAUUGAUGGACACGUUUCCCCCUUAGUUCAUAAACAAUAGCCGCCCAGUAAAAGUUGUUGUCCAAUAUUUUAAUGGACCUUUAUUUUUUUUCUCAACUUUUAUCUCCAGAUAUAGAUAUUACUACAUACUUACUCAAUCUGUGAAUACAGAAUGUUUUUAUAUAUUAUGAUACAUUGAACAGCUGGUGCUGCAAGUUUUGAGUUAGACAUGUUUUACAGAAAGUAUUAUGUUUACAUUGAUGCUCUUAUUACAAAUUCAAAUUGGUUUUCAUACACAGGAAUGUAUACUGAUCACACUGUAUUUAAUCAUUGUGUACAGAAUCUAUGAUAUUUGGUUUGUUUAACAUUUUUAUGUCUAUUAUGAUAUUUUGUAUUAUUUUAUUGCCUUCUUCUGCUCACCUGGACAAUCUUUGCUUUUUGCUCUCGAGGAUUUAGCCUGUGAAACCAAAACUAAAGUCUAAAUUGUAUUUAUAAGUUAAAUGGUGCGCUCAUUGUGAGCGAGGAUGUUUUCUCGGCUGGGUAGACCAGAACUUGUCAAGCAGAUACAGAAAGAGAGGAAACAGUGUGGUAAAUGGAAGUGUAUACAGGCAGCAGGCACUGCUGUAGAUAGAUUAUGUUUCCCUUAAGAAGGCUGGUGUCACUUCACUGCCAGAUAUGUGGAGGUGAUUGAGCGGAGGUAUAAUGUUGCUAAGUUGACUGUGUAGUAUAUGAGAGCUGGUGCAGAUGGAUCCUCAGAAUGGUGGCGAUGUUGUAGAUUUAUUAAACAUUAAUCAGAGACAGUAGGUGUUAAAAUAACAUUUGUCAUUUUAUAUUUAUUAUUGCUUAGUGCUUUUCUCAUUUUCUCAUCUCUCUUGUUUUUGUAAAAUACAUGAAAAUGCUAAAUUUGUCCCCUCCCCACCUAAGACAGAUGAAUGUGUCACAUGUUUCAGGUACAGAGAGACCUUCAUGUGUGGAGACUAGACCCUAUUUUUAGGUGUGAAUGCAUUAAAGAUUCUCAUCAUCUAACUGCAGUUAACUUUGGAACAGUUAACACUAUGCAGUGCAUGCAGGACGCAGACACAGUGAAGUCUGUCACUAGACUGGAAUGAGGCACUGUUGCCAUUGUUACAGCCAUGAUUUGAACACGUUUCUUAAAGCAGUUCCUAUUAUUAAAAAUGAUUUUGUUGUUUUUAUCUCUGUACACCUGUCUUGGUUUAGGUCUCUAAAGUGUUUCUGCUGUCUCUGAAAAGAUAUUUUAGCAUAGUAAGCAUCCCUCAUGUCAACUAAUGAAACAAAUGUAAAAUCCAAUUAGUGCUUCAGGACUGGGGUGUCCAGUUGUAUCAUUAAACCUUGUCACUCCGUUUGUUUCCUUGAGGAUAACAGAAAGAGUUUGUUUAAGAAACUGUAAAAAUAUCACAAAUACCUGGCCAAGAAAAAAAAUGAAUCUUUAUCUUUGUAUUCUACCUCAGUCCUAUCGCUACGCUAGGCAUUUAAGUCUUUUCUAUAUGGGAAUUUUUAUGGCAAUGCUAAAGAUUUUGUAAAGUUAUGGGAACUGUAAAUACUAUGAUUUGUCUGUUUUUGAAUAAUCCGUAAUGCAGUAAGAUAUGAUCAAAAUGUGUGAAUAUAUUUUAAUUUUCUUGUUUUUAUACAGGUGUAGGGUGGGUUCUGUAUUUUUUGCACAAUUGGAAAAUAAAGUAUGACUUGCCAAUGCUACAA